GUUAAUAAAACACCGCCCCCCAGCCAAACGCUAGUGUGUGGUUUAUCACUGUCUGUGACACGGGAAUGUCCUUUCCUGACGCCUUGGAUGCCGACGGUAAGACAAUAAAACUUCAGUGAGGCAUUGGAUCAAUGUGGAGUACAAGUUCAGGAGUGAAUGAGGGCAGACAGCUCCUCAGCAAGCCCUGAGCUGGCUGACCUCAGAACAGAAAGAACGCCUUUUUGUAGCUGAACAAAAGUCAAGGAGCUUGGAUUUCUGAUUCCUGAGAUGUCCAUGAAACGAGCAGACGGGAUGUCCAUCGCUCAGGCUUUGGCCAUGACUGUAGCAGAGAUACCGGUGUUUCUCUAUUCCACCUUUGGACAGUCUAUAUUUUCUCAGCUACGGCUUACUCCAAGCCUAAAGAAGGUGCUGUUUGCCACAGCGCUGGGCAGUGUGGCACUGGCUUUGACAGCUCAUCAGUUGAAGAGGCGAGGGAGAAAAAGAAAACAGACAACUCGGGGGAAGGAUGGCCAGAAGACUGUAGGAAUUCCUGAGGUGCUGAUUAAAACAGGAAGGCCUUCAUCACUAAAGAGAGGGCCACUCACAGGGCGACAGAUGAUGAGUCCUAGCACUCGGAGCAAUGACACCAUGAGUGGGAUUUCUUCCCUGGCACCGAGUAAACAUUCAAGUUCCUCACACAGCCUGGCAUCUAUGCGGGUUCCAAGCUCUCCAAAUCAGUCUGCAAAUCCAUCUACACCCUGGGAGGCAGAACCGGUCGUAGAAGAGUCGGGGGCUGUAGAAGACGCAAAUGCAGAGAAUCUUUAUCUAAUGGGGAUGGAGCUGUUUGAGGAAGCUUUGCAAAAAUGGGAACAGGCUCUGAACAUACGGCACCACACUCACUCGUCCUCCAGCAACAGCCUUGCAUUGCAGGGGCAAUGUGUGCAGAUGUUUCCAAGGUAACUGUUGUAUAAACAUCUCAGAUCCCUUGUAUUGUUUUUCCCUCUUCGCUUAUAGGUUGAAGACCGUAAUAAAGUCUUUGCUGAGAAGUUAGAAACCCUACUGCACAGGGCAUAUCAUCUACAGGAGGAUUUUGGCAGUAGCAUCCCAACAGACAGCGUACUGGCAGACUUUGAAAGUGAAGGAACCCUUAUCCUGCCUCAAGUGGAGAGUUUCCACAGACUGCAAGAUGAUGAUGCUACUACUGUUACCUCUGACGACUCCUUCUUCUCGGCUGCAGAGUUGUUUGAUGCCAUGACUCUAGAUGAGGUCUACCAGCCACUGAGGCCGGCAGCGCUUUAUGAGGAGGCCUUGGCUCUAGUGCAUGAGAGUAAAGUAGCCUACAGGUCUCUAAGGACUGAAUUACUUGAAUGUUAUAGUGACCAAGAUUUCCUUGCCAAGCUUCACUGUGUGAGACAAGCAUUCCAGGUUCUGUUAUUGGAUGAAACUCACCGUACAUUCUUCAUGGAGACUGGAAAGCAGAUGAUUGCUGGGUUGAUGGUCAAAGCAAACAAGAGUCCAAAAGCCUUCCUAGAGAGUUAUGAGGACAUGCUGCUGUACACUCAGAGAGAGGAAACCUGGCCCAUCACUAAGAUGGAGCUGGACGGCCGAGGGGUGGUGUGCAUGAACUUCUUUGACAUAGUCUUGGACUUUAUCCUGAUGGAUGCAUUUGAAGACCUGGAGAGCCCCCCAUCCUCUGUGGUAGCUGUGUUAAGGAACCGCUGGUUGUCUGACAGCUUUAAAGAGACGGCUCUGGCCACUGCGUGUUGGUCUGUCUUAAAAGCCAAGAGGCGUCUUCUCAUGGUCCCUGAUGGUUUUAUCUCCCACUUCUAUGCCAUAUCAGAACAUGUGAGCCCAGUUUGCUUUGGGUUUUUAGGACCGAGGCAGCACUUAAGUGAAGUGUGCACUAUCUUCAAGCAACAAAUCGUUCAGUACCUUAAGGAUAUUGAUCAUGACAAAGUCCGCUUCACCUCUACUCAGUGUCUGGCUGAGGACAUCCUGAACCUGUCCCACCGCCGCAGUGAGAUUCUGCUGGGGUAUCUGGGAAUCGAUGGUCUUCUAGAGCUUAACGGAGCCCUGCCCAGAGACACAGAGGGAUCCUCAGGGCUCCACUAGGAUGACUGGUGUCCACAUGGCCAGUUGUUUGGGCUCGUGCAAACUGAAAACAUGGGUGGGGGGUGACAAGAAGGCGGGGAAAGGCACGGAUGUUGCAGCAGUAGCAUCCUUUUAUGAACGGAGUGAACCAUGUUCCUGUGGCACACAGAGUACCAGCAUCAAUCCUUCAUCUGUCAUCUGCUGUUUCCAAGGAUAACGUAUUUUCAUCAGACCCACAGUGUCACUGGUAAAGGAGACAAACUCUCAGAUAACACCCCUCGCUUGCUCUCUUAUUAUUGGCUGCUGCGUUGAGAGCGCCUAUUGUAUUUGUGUAAUUUCAGGCGUGUUGGGACUUGUCUGUCUUGCUGGUUAACACUGAUACUUCUUAAAAUCAUACCUAUCGUACACUGACAGAUCACUGGGCUUUCUACGCUAAACACCACAUUAGUCGAGUUGCCUCAGAAUCAGAACCUUCCAUUUAUCACCUCUGCAACCCGGUUGAAUACCACAGUCUUCAUUAUUCUGAGUGUGGAGGUGAUAUUUGUGCAUUUGUAUAUUUUAUAUGAAAGGGGGAAGGAUAUUUAUUAAAUUCAUUAUCAUUUUUGUGAGUGUUGGCCAACUGAAGACUUUUGGUGCUCGAUGAAGGAAAUUAUGUAUUUGACUGGCGAUUUUAAUUCUGAUUUUGAUUUAACUAUUCAGUGUGUAAUAUUUAGGAGGAUCUAGUUGCAGAAAUUGAAAAUAAUACUCAUAAAUAUGUUUUUAUUAGUGUAUAAUCACUUGAAAAUAAGAACUGCUGAGAAUGAGCUGUUGAUAUUCACUUUUCAUGGAGUCCUCAAUGUACUGUUUCUUCAGCAGCUCAUAAUUCCUCUUCAUCUUAACAUUUUCCAGCAGGUGUGAUCGUGUAUUAAGGUGCAUUACUCUCACCUAAUAUGAGUGUGGACCAGAGUCAAUAACCCCUUAAGUCACUUUCACUUUGGAAAAUGUUUAAAGAAACAGCAGCACUUUUUUUCACUUAACUUGAGGUGGUUUUUGCCUUUAUUUUCAUGAAAGUAAAUGCACAUAGAGGAAAUUGAAACACUUUUUUUUCUGAUGAAUUCUGAUGUAGCAAACAACUCAAGUGAUUGACCAGCUGACUGAUCAACUGUUUGCUACAUCAUCCCAGGUAGUCUGGAAAAAGUGGAAAACAUGUCAUGUGGGACUGAUGAAGAAACCAAAUUAUUCCAGCAUUCAUGGAAAAGGGGCAUCAUAGCUAUUUUAGACAGAAAACAACUAAAUGUUCUGUCUCCACUGUCUAUUAGAUCCAAGUGUGAUAUAAACCAACAGUGCCACCUGCUGGUGACACAUCAGCCUACUUGGCUCUCAAACCAGGUUAUAGUAAUGCAUUAUUUCCAUUUUUAGUUUUUGCAACUUUUCAAAACUUUAGUAGAUGAGUGAUUUGUCUCUAUAGAACAGGGUAUGUAUAGAUGUAAUCUUCAGUUUUACCACUAGAUGCCACUAAAUAUCACACUGAAUCUUUCAUCAGGCAGUUCAAGGGUUAUAAUUCCCAUUCCUCUGAUCCUCAAACUACAGUUACUGCCCCUUUCUUGAUUUUUUUUUUUUUUUAACUUGAAUUGCAAAGCGUUUGCUCACUUCAGUGUUAAAACAUCUUCACAGAGAUGACAGUAAUACAAGUUCUAGACUCAUCCACAGUUAUAAAAGCCGUGACAAUGAGUAUAUAAUGGGUAACGCAUUACCCUGUGAGGCUUUAAACAGCAAAUACCAUUCUUACAGUGCUGUUUCAGCCCAGUUGCUUUAAUUUUUUAAUCACAUUAUACAACUUUAUAAGACUUGAUUCAAAUAUUAGAGUAAAUCUUUUAGGCAGAAUAAUCUAAAUACAGACUACUAAGUCUGCUCGCACUCUAUACCCAGUGACUUCUAGAGCAUCAGUGGGUAUAACGGGAUAUAAGACAAUGCUUUCUGUUGAGUUUCUGUUCAUUUUCUUUGAUUAUGGACACAUGGGCAUUUUUCAUCACAGUACUGACAGAAUUGAAGAGCGUCCCAACAGUAACUGAAACGGUGCCAUGUAGUCAUAGCAAGGAUGUUUUUUUUUUUUUUUUCAUUUUUCUGAUUACAUGAAGUGCUAUUGUGAGGUGGGACACUGUACAGCCAGACUGUAACUUGCGUAGUAAGUGCACUGAUUACCUCUGAGCCAAGAUAAGUGGAGUUUUGUUCAUUUGUUUUCUCGGCAGCAUAAACAAAGAUGACUACUGUACAGGCGUAUUUUAAGCGAUACAGGAAAUGUCCAAAGUGGAUCGUCUUAAUGAAAUAAGGAAUAUUUGUCCUUGACAAAAGCAGACGUUAAUACUAUAUGUAUGUGCAGUUCAAGGCAUUUUGAAUCUAGUCGCUGUGCAUGCAAACAGACAGAGGACUGCUUUUUGUUACCCAGAAUCCUACAGAUGUGUUCUGUGAUCUUGAUAGGCUUGCUCAUGUUACAACACGUCUCUGACAUGCAGAACAUUUAUUUAUUUCUCUUUCUUUUUCUUUUUGUUUUUGGCGCUAUAGGAAUAUUUUUGUCAAAGAUGAUCCAAGUCCAACAGUAAAAAAAAAAACAAAAAGAAAAGGGCCUUUACAGAAACUACCAAUGUGCAGCUUUAUUUUUUUAAGCAAUUUGCACUUUAUCAGAAACUACAGAUACAGGAAUGUCCCAGACCCCUUUCUUUUCUUCUCUUUCUUUUUUUUAAAUAAGCCAUUUGACUGUACAAUCACUGUUAUCAUUAUUUGACUGAUGUAUUAUUCAUAGUAGAGAACUUUAAAAAAUGUACAGAAGAGAAACUUAUCUUUCCCAGAUCACUAUAAUACUUAAAUAGUUUUAUUCUGAUAACUAUCACAGGUCUUUGUUAUAUCCGUCAUCAUUUCAGGUUCAAAUGUAAUGUUACUGCUUUGUGGUCCAACCCCGAUGAACUGCUUUUAAUCCUUUUUCACCUGUGUUUUAGUCCUGUUAGUGUAGAGCUUCAAGCAUAUAUGCAACAGUAUGUGUCUUGCAGGUUGAUGCAACUAUUUCUAAUAGCAAAAUGCUGAUAAUAGUUAAUCUUGAGUUUUAAAUUGGUCUGCUUUUGUAUGUAUGAUGUCCUGUGAUCAGAAAAAGGAACUCCCUCCAUCAGACUUUGCAUCACUGCAUGUUUAAAAGUGUAGAUUCUCUGAAAAGCAUCAAACAAUAUAGCCCUAAAGCAUUUAGACGCAAGCUCAGCCCCAGCUAGAAUCUAAAUAAAUCCCAAUUAGAAACACUUUUAAAGGAAAUAUUUCGGGAUUUAAUCAUUUCAACCUGUAUGUUAUCAAGGCAUUGACUCUCUUUCUUAGCGUAAUUUCAAUAGGUUAGAGUUUUUCAGGGAUCUCAGAUGGCCAAAAUGAAGAAAGGAUUUUUUGUGAAGGUUUUUUGCUGUACAUUACAAGUGUCCUACUCAUGCCUUUUGUCUCUUUUCUAUUGUGGAUUUAUGCCAGCACAAACUGUACGAUGAUUUGAUUUUUCCAUAUAAAAUGUUAUUUUUUGUUAUUAAAAUCUGUUCAUUAUGCCUUUUCCCAAAUCA